GAAAUUGACAGCAUGGCUGCAGAAGAGGAUGAAACUGCUGGAAAGACUCCGGAAGAAUGUCAAGACUUGGGACUAUGGGAAGUAGAUGUUGUCUAUUAUAGCCUUAAUGGGAAUAAUAAAAGCGAUCCUUCAAAAAGCAAGCGAGGUAAGGCUUACAAGGGUCGUAGUGACAGUGAAUAUAAAUGCUUUGAGGCCCAUGAUGGUGUUCGUUAUCGUCCCGGAGAUCAUGUUUUUAUGGAUGUUUCGCAGUGCGAACCUUAUUUUAUUGGCACUAUAUCCAGUUUUAAAAUGACAAAAAGGGAUCAAUUAAUGGUUAAAGUAACUCGAUUUUAUCGUCCAGAAGAUGUUCCUGAGGAAAGUUAUUCUUUAUUACUUCAAGAUCGUAAAGAAGAUACUUCGCUAAAUCAUGAAGUGCUUAAUGCUUUGCAGUCUCGUGAAAUUUUUUUAUCAGAUACACCAUUCUCGUAUUCUAUUUGCAGUCUUCGUGGAAAAUGCGUGGUGCGAUCGAUAAAAGACGUUCGCUCUUUGACGCCUGUUGAUGUAUUAAACUCGCGAGACACUUUUUUUUCUUUGGUUUCCUUCGAUCCAAAUAACAGCAGGCUGGCUUCCGUGCAAGGCGAAAUUCGGGUUGGGCCUUCUUAUCAGGCCGUAGAUUCACCAUUAGAACGUUGUUCCGCUGCAGACGAAUCUGACCGCGAUGAAUUGUUAUAUCGUCCUGGGUACAUUGAUGAUGAUGAAGAGAAAGUAUUUGUGCAAACAGCACGUACUCUUCGUAUGUUUGCCAUGGCUCGGAAUGAGAAUAUUACUGAGCUAGAGCGCGAUUUCCGAACUGGAGAUUUCUACACAAAUGUGUACGCCAUAGAAGCUAUGAACUUGAUAGAUGAUCGGAUUGUGAAAGAGACGAGGUUCCUAACCGCUGGAGAUGCCAAAAAGUUUGCUAAAGGCAUCAAAAUGUAUGGCAAGAAUUUCUUGAAGAUAAAAAGUGAAUUAUUACCUCGUCACGAAAGGGCCGAUCUCGUUCAGUUCUAUUAUCGUUGGAAAAAGACGCAUGAUGCAACUCGUCCUAAACCUCUCACUCGACCUCGUAAUUCUGCUGCUAGUUCGUAUAGAAAAGCAAAGAAUAACCAACCAAAGACACCUCAUCCGAAUCCAGAUCUUGCCGAUUACGAAUCAGCUAGUGAAACUGAAAUGGAGGAGCUGAUAAACAAUGGACGAGCUGCAGCGUACGCCUGCCAUCACUGUUAUUCGUCAAAAAGCAAAGACUGGCACCAUUCUGGAAAGGAUCGGCAACUGCUCUGCACCGACUGUCGUCUUUUUUAUAAGAAAUACGGUCAGCUUCGGCAAGUGGAUCGGCCUAGCACAGUGCCUCCUUCACUGCAUAAGGCGAAAAACUGUGAUAUUCAAAAAGAAGAAGAGCAAGGCGUACGUACACGUGCUGGGAAAAAGGAACGUCGACGAACUCCUUCUGAUACAGACAGGAAAAAUGGUAGUCCUGUUAGUCCUCCAGAUGGAGAGAUUAAGCAACGGAACGGCAAACGUAAAAGAAACCAUCAACAAACGCCGGAACAUAUUAAUGGUUCGGUGAAAAGGAAAGCUAUAAAAGACGAAAAGGAAAUAACAAAUGAAGACUUGAGAGCUGAUGGUAAGAUUAGCAGAGAGAGUGUGACGAAAUCUGAGAACCCUGAACAACAGAAGGAUCAAAGCGUUUAUUUGGAAAAACAUGUUAAAAUGGAAGUUGAUCAGGCAGAAAAUGAGUUGGUUGCGGCGAAUAAUACAGUCAAUGGUUUGCAGCCUGAGGCUGCUUCAUCACUUUCAGGAUGCUCAGAAAAUCCAACUACUAGUACUUCAAUAGAACCUGUGGUUAAAUCCAAAGAAAAAGCUGAUAAAAUGGUGGCACAGGGAGAAAGUGUGCCAGUAGGCGUUUUAAAGACUAUUUCUCCAGCUUCAAAUACUGUUAAUGAAGAAGUGCCGAGCACAAGUGCUAGUCAUCGUGAAGAUGCUGAGAAAGCGAGGAAGGAAGAAGAUGAGGAGGACAACCGCUGGACUGUUGGUACAAAAGUGGUUUUGACUUGUAAAUGUUCACAAUUUGUACGAGUUAUCGAGCGCAAUUCCGACCUCACUUGUGCACGAUCUGAUCUCAUUUACCAAUGUAAGCCCGGCGUUCAUAGGAGUAAAAACCAUGAAAAUGUUACUACACCGGUGAAGAAAAGUAAUGUGAUUACUGACAAAAUUCCUCAUAAAAAGUCAAUCGAAUCUCAAACCGCCGUUUCCACAAAUGUAUCGGUUUCUUCUUCUGUUCCAUUACCAGUUAUGUCGGGUACCUCUGGUGUGGAUGCGUUUAUGGGAGGUCGGGUUCCCGUAAACGGCACAGCAGUUAACGGUAUUCCGGGUAUAUUUCCUGGCAUUCCCGAUCCACGUUUCGCAUUUUUAAGUCAGCAGCAAUAUGCAAUAGCUUUCGAGCAGGCAGCUUUACAAAAACAAAUUGAGCAGCAGAUUAGAGUUUCUCAGUUGGAGAUGAUGAGAAAUGGUACCAAUGGGCAGGUGCCAUCGAAUGCGAUGCGUGAAUCACCUUCGAGAAGUAUGGCAAACCCCCAUAAUUUACCCCCUGGAAUGCUUAGCACACAGUUUCACAAUAAUUUCAAUGCAAUGGACCCUCGUGCUUUAGCUACUUUCUUGCACAAUCCGCAGUUAGCUUCUCAGUUCGGUAUUGGGAUAGAUGGAGGUCAUGCGGCUGCCGCUGUGCUAAAUGCUAUGGAACAAAGAGCAGCUGAACAAAGGAUGCUUGCUGGCGUCGGAGGGAUGGAGUUAUUGGGUUCGGGUGGUAUGGCAACCGCAGCACAAGCUCCUUCACAUAUGCAUCCGCACGCUGCCGCUAUGAUGCAGCAUGCACAGCUUAUCGCCAUGUCAGCAGCAGCACAAACGCCGCGCCCAUUUGUCGACCAACCGUUGCUACAGCAUAUGCCGAUGAUGAAUCCAUUUGGACAAGAUGUGACUGCUCGUUUGGUGAAUCCGGGAGCACUGAAUUCUGAUAUGAUGCGCCGGUUGCAGCAGGAAGGUGGUUUUGCAAACCCAAAUUCAAGACCGUAG